AUGAAACCAAAUUUAGCUAGUAAUUUCGGGAAUGAAGCACAACCUGCGGACAUUUCAAUUUCAAGUAAAAGGCUACGAAGCUCUUAUAUUAAAGGAACAUCAGCUGAAAAUUUGUCCGAUACUUUAAAAGAUCCGAUAGAAAUCGUUCAGCUCAUCCGCAAAAAUCCAAAUCUAGGAUUUCUCUAUCUAGCACCUGCUGUUGAUCGCUCAUCUAUUGAAUACAACCCUUAUAACUUAAAAGUUGUAACACAUUCUGGUAUCAAUGCGAACGAUUAUCAUACCAUUAGCCAUAAAGGAGUAACACACAUUCGAGAGCGAGAGGAAACUGAAUUUACGGAGCUAGACUGUUGGGAGAAAGACUACAUACAUUACAAACAGUUAAUAAAGAUUAAAACUUUCUCCAGUUUCAGACUAUGGAAGGCCUUUGCAGUUUGGCGAAUGAAUGUUAGAAAAAGAAAAAUAAAUAACUGCAGGAACAAACUAGGAACAAAUCUUUUCAUAUUAAAUUCGAUCGCGGAAAGUCUGAGACAAUUUCAUCAGUUAACAAAAGAAGUUGUUAAGGAUGCAUGCUGCACGGCCUUAGAAGAAGCUGGAUUUUCUAUCGAUGAAUAUUAUGAUAUGGAUAAAGAGCAAUCUAUUUCACUUAAUUCACCUUCGUUUGCUGGACAAACCGGAUUCGAUAUUGACCCGUAUGGAGAUGCACCAGAGAAGAUGACUUAUACCGAACAGGCAAAUAAAAGAGCUCAUUGUCGAAGAUUGACUAGCUUCAUCCGGUUAGCAGAUUAUUUGGUUAUAAAUACGAUGCACUUACUUUGUGUUCGCUCGAUAUCAAAGCUGUUGCACGCACUAAAAGAACAACUGCAGCGAACGCCAACAAUGGAAGAAAUACAGCAUUUACAUAACGCUAAUGUUCAGGAAAAGAAGCUUUCAAAUUCAAAAACUAUUAUUGGACAACAUGACCAAAGCGAAAACGAAUCAUUUUCAACGCCUUUAUUCCAAGUUGAGCUACUACUUGAUCCGAAUUUUCUUUUUUUUAACCCAAGCCUUGACGAUUAUCACGAAGGCAUGGGAGAUCUCAUCAGAAAUUUUGAAGAUACAGUCCUUAGCGUCCCAAAUCUAGUAUCUGAUGAAUAUUUCGAUCCAUUUACAAGACCACUUAUUAAUGGAAAAUUAGAAGAAAAAACGUGUGGAGAGGGUCCAAAUUUAUCGACCAUCUUCGAAGAUGACAGACAUCUCCAAGGUCUAAUAGUUAACGUAAAGGAUACUAUGUCGGAGGCUUUCCAUUACACUACUCUGUAUUCGAAUACGUUCGAAUCUUAUCGUGACUUUUACAGAGAGAAUGAGGGCUUAAACCUUGAGCACAUGCGAACCGUAGAUCACGACGUGGACUUUUUCGCGAUAUCCCUAGCAAAGUAUCACAGAGAACAGAAGGAAGCCGAAAGUAUAACUGAAAAACAGCCUGUAGGGAUGAUGCUAGUUGAUGCCUCUCAGCUUAAAACAAAACUAUUGCCAUCGCCAAGGAAGUGUUUGGAGGUGGUUCACGACAUUUUGCCAGUACUUGCGAAAUCAAGAGUAGACCGGUUAAUAUCGGUAGCUCAAGAUGCGCAAUAUAGACUUGAAUUAGCUCCAUCAACAACUGCAGAAUUUGUGGAAAGUCUGACAUUUUUAGAACAGAUUCAAGUAUCCAUUGACAGCAACGAAAAAGAAUCAGAAACAAUAAAGGAGUUAUAUAAUUUGAUCGAUUCCUAUCAGGUACCAACACCACCGGAAGAUUUUGCCGUUUAUCAAACAUUAGCGCCAUCCAUUACAGCAGUAAGAAAUGCCAUCGAUAAAGCUGUUAGCGACAGAGACGCAAAUCUUGAGAAAUUUUGCGAUCACCUAGACAAAGAUAUUUCCGAAUUGAGGCUUGAAGUCAAUCAAAUUAAGAGUAAAGCCCAAGAUCCUAUGAUUCUUGAUCCGUUAUCGGACGUGGAAAAAGUAAAUGUAUUCCUUAUCGAAUUGCAUGAUAGAAUGGAGGCUCUUCAAAAGCGAGCGUAUCAGUAUAGAACAUAUCAGAAAAAUUUCAAAGUUGAGGUAACAAAAUUUACUGAUCUUGAAGAAACUCAUGCUGAGCUACGUUUGAAGCAAAUGUUAUGGGAUUCCCUUCAUGAAUGGGAACAAAUGACACGUGAAUGGAAAGUAGCAGAUUUUAAGGAAUUAUCUCCGGAAAUAAUUACCAAUCAAGUCGGCAAAUACACAAAACGCGUACAUCAGCUAGAGAAAGGUCUUCCCCGAAAUAACGCAGUACCUUUAUUAAAAGAAAAGGUUGAUCAAAUAAGGUUUAAAUUACCAGUUAUUACCAAUUUGCACAAUCCUUCCUUAAAGCCGAGGCACUGGGAUAUGAUUGAAAGUACCUUAAAUUAUCGAUUUACCAGCGAAAAUCCUUUAAGUUUAGGAUUGCUCGAUGAAAUUGGAGCUUUUGACCAUACCGAUGAAAUUAUAGAAAUUUCUAGUCAAGCCUCUAGCGAAGCCUCAUUAGAAACACUGUUAAAAAAAGUUGAAGAUGGAUGGAAGGCGACUGAAUUUAUAGUACUGCCAUAUCGUGACUCGAAGGAUGUUUUUAUUUUAGGAGGAACAGAUGAUAUCCAAGGUAUUCUCGAUGAUAGUUUAGUCAAUAUCAAUUUAAUUGCUAGUUCAAGGCACGUUGGUCCAAUAAAGAUCAGGGUUGAUGAUUGGGUAAAGCAGCUUACGCUUUUUAAUCAAACGCUGGAUGAAUGGUUGAUUUGUCAAAAGAGUUGGCUAUAUCUAGAGAGUAUUUUCAGUGCUCCUGAUAUUCAACGACAGUUGCCAGCUGAAGCGAAAAUGUUUAUGGCUGUAGAUAAAUCAUGGAAGGAAAUCAUGAGAAAGACAUCUCGCCUUCCAAAUGCAUUAAGGGCUUGCACCCAACCCGGACUACUGGAAACGUUUCAAAAUAAUAAUUCUAUGCUUGAUCAGAUCCAGAAGUGCUUAGAAGCGUAUUUAGAAUCAAAGAGAGUUGUAUUUCCAAGAUUUUAUUUCUUAUCUAACGAUGAAUUGUUGGAAAUCUUAGCGCAAACUAAAAAUCCUCACGCCGUGCAACCUCAUCUCCGUAAGUGCUUUGAUGGUAUUUUCGAGCUUGAAUUUGGUACUAUCCAAAACAUUCAUCAAGAAUCCAUUCCAAGCCACGAUCGAGGUGUGUCUCCAACGGGUACAAAAGUAGAGACUAAGACAAACGACAUAAUUAAUAUGAUUUCACCUGAGAAUGAAAGUAUAAGUCUUGGCCGUGGCCUUAAAGCUCGAGGUAAUGUAGAAGAUUGGUUAGGUAAAGUAGAGGAGCAUAUGGUAACCUCGCUACGAAGGGUUAUGAAGUCCGCCAUCGCUGAAUAUACACAGCAAGACCGGAAUGAGUGGAUCAUGUCGUAUCCAAGUCAGGUAGUUCUUGCAGUAUCUCAAAUAAUGUGGUGUCGCGAUAUCUCUCUAGCAUUUAACGAUGAAGAAGCUCACGAAGUUUUAAAGAAAUACGAACAAUCGUGUUAUCAAAGCUUAAAUAAUCUUGCAAUUCUCGUCAGGGGAGAAUUAACAGCUCUGUCACGAAGAAUUCUGUGUGCGUUAAUUACCAUUGAUGUCCAUGCUAGGGAUAUAGUAAGUGAUUUGGUAAAUUCAGGUAUUGUUGAAGAGACAAAUUUUGAGUGGGUAAAACAGUUACGAUAUUAUUGGGAUAUCGAUAUUGAUAACUGUGUCGUACGAAUGGCCAAUUCGAAAUAUGUCUACGGUUACGAGUACCUUGGUGCUUCUUCUCGCUUAGUUAUUACCCCCUUAACGGACCGCUGUUAUCUUUGCUUGAUGGGAGCGCUGCAACUUGAUCUCGGAGGCUCGCCAGCUGGACCAGCUGGAACAGGCAAAACCGAAACUACCAAGGAUUUAGCUAAAUCUCUUGCUAAGCAGUGUGUGGUUUUCAACUGUUCCGAAGGUCUAGAUUACAAGAUGAUGGGAAGAUUUUUUUCCGGACUAGCGCAGUCGGGUGCAUGGUGCUGUUUUGAUGAAUUUAAUCGUAUAGACAUUGAAGUAUUAUCGGUGAUUGCCCAGCAGUUACUGACGAUCAGAAAUGCGAAAAUUUCAAAGCUAGCUAGAUUUAUCUUUGAAGGUCGUGAAAUAAAAUUAAAUUUAACAUGUGCAACUUUCAUAACUAUGAAUCCUGGAUAUGCAGGCCGCACUGAACUGCCUGAAAACUUGAAAACACUUUUCCGACCAUUUGCUAUGAUGGUGCCCGAUUAUGCCUUGAUUGCUGAAGUAAUCCUAUAUUCAGAAGGAUUUGAGUCCUCAAAAUCUCUUGCCCGCAAAAUGAUUCAAAUGUAUAAGCUAUGCAGUGAACAGUUGUCGCAACAAGAUCAUUAUGAUUUUGGUCUUCGGGCUGUCAAAUCUGUUUUAGUUAUGGCUGGCUCCUUGAAACGAAGUAAUCCUGAUGUGAAAGAAGACAUCGUAUUAAUUCGCGCUCUUCGAGAUAGUAAUCUGCCCAAAUUUUUGGCUCAGGAUGCAGUUCUAUUUCAGGCUAUACUAUCGGAUCUCUUUCCUGGUUCGACAAUACCACAGCAUAAUUAUGGCCCAUUACAAGAAGCCAUCGAAAGUAUCUUAAAAGAAAAUGAGCUACAGGUACAUUCACAUUCAGUUAAGAAGAUUAUUCAGUUCUAUGAAACUAUCACUGUACGCCAUGGUGUAAUGUUGGUUGGCCCCACUGGUGGCGGAAAGACGACAUGCUAUAAAACACUUGGUUCGGCUCUUGGUAAGCUGUAUAACGAUGGACUUACUAAUGAUUACUAUUUGCCUGUAAAUCUGCACGUAUUGAAUCCGAAAUCUGUCACCAUGGGAGAAUUAUACGGUGAGAUCGACAAAGUUACACUUGAGUGGCGAGAUGGAAUUUUAGCAACUACUGUUCGCCACGCAGUUCAGGAUGACACUAAAGAGAGUCAUUGGAUUAUUUGCGAUGGUCCUGUCGACGCUUUGUGGAUUGAAAACAUGAACACAGUGCUUGAUGACAACAAAAUGCUCUGUCUUGCCAAUAGUGAAAGAAUAAAAUUAACCGAUUCUAUCCGUAUGUUGUUCGAGGUACAGGAUUUAGCUAUGGCAUCUCCAGCAACUGUUAGUCGUUGUGGUAUGGUAUAUAUUGAUGCACAGGGACUUGGAUGGAGACCUUAUGUUUUAACAUGGUUAGAGAAAGUACCCAAGCUACGCGAAGAGACCAAAGAAUACAUCUUAGACCUUUUUAAUCAAUUUGUAGAACCAGGAUUAAAAUUCGUAGCGAAGCAUUGCAUCGAGACCAUUCCGCAAGUUGCUAUUAGCAAAAUAUGUACGUUAUGUAGUCUUUUGGAGUCUUUAUUACAAACUGAUGGGCUCGACCUAUCCGUGGAACCGCAUAAAAUUCAUCCCUUGAUAUGUACAGUGUUUGUUUUCUGCUACAUGUGGUCAAUUGGUGGAAACUUAUUAGAGGAAUACUUGGACAAAUUCGAUUCCUUUGCUCGUGAUUUGUUCUCGGAAACGAACGAUGUCAAAUUACCAAGUAGUGGCGAUCUGUAUGGCUAUUAUGUUGAUUUCGAAUUGACUCGACGGCUAGAUUCGUGGGAAAGAAUCAUUCCACCUUUCAAAUUUAAACCUGAAGAUACCUUUAGUGACGUCUUAGUUCCAACACUAGACACGAUGCGGUAUGGAUAUUUAUUCCGUAAACUGAUUACAGUUAAUAAUUCAGUGCUUUUCACUGGAUCCGCUGGUGUGGGAAAAUCUGUUAUUGCCAAGCAUUUUUUACAGAUUAUGUGCGAGAAAGAAAACUAUGUUUCGGUAUUUCUGAACUUUUCUGCACAAACUAGCAGCAAAAGGAUUCAGGAAACGAUCGAAAGCAAAUUAGAGAGAAAACGCAAAACUAUCCUUAGUGCUCCUGCUGGAAAGCAUAUGAUUUUAUUUGUCGAUGAUCUAAAUAUGCCAAAGUUAGACAGAUAUGGAUCGCAGCCACCUAUUGAACUAUUACGACAAUAUCAGGAUUUCGGUGGAUUUUAUGAUCGUGACAAACUAUUCUGGAAAGAAUUAAAGGAAGUUACUAUUUGUGGAGCGUGUGGGCCUCCUGGGGGAGGUAGAAACCCCGUUACCCCUCGAUUUUUACGUCAUUUUACGAUUUUGGCGGUACCUCAACCAGCUGAUUUUACCUUAAAACAUAUUUUUAAAUCGGUUCUGCGAGGGUUUCUGAGUGAAUUUCCGGUACCUGUUAAAAGUUGUGCUGAUGCAAUUGUUGAUGCGGGUGCUGACCUUUACCAGCGUAUGCGUACAGAAUUUCUCCCAACACCUGCUAAGUCACAUUACAUAUUUAACCUCCGUGAUCUAUCGAAAUGUAUGCAAGGAAUUCUACAAGCAAAUUCUGGCAAUAUUCGAGAAAAAGAUCAAAUAAUGCGCAUGUUUUUCCAUGAGGCUCAUCGCGUUUUUCAUGAUCGCCUUAUAGAUAUAUCGGAUAAACAGCAUUUUUAUUCUGUUCUCUCGGAAAUAUCACAGAAGCACUUCUCGCAUGAUUUGAAAGCUGAAACUUUCGAAAAAGAUAUUCUCCUAUUCGGUGAUUUCUUGAAUACUGCUGCUGAGCCAGAAGAUAGAAUUUAUGAAGAAUUAAAUGAUCUAAAGAAAGUUGAAAGUGUUCUAAGCGAUUAUCUUGAUGAAUAUAAUUUAAAUUCAUCGAAAGAGAUGAAAUUGGUUUUCUUUGUUGACGCUAUACAACACUUGUCUAGAAUUGUGCGUAUAGCACGUCAAUCUCAGGGAAAUGCGCUUCUCGUUGGUGUUGGCGGCACCGGAAAGCAAAGUUUAACUAGAUUAGCGUGCUGGAUUUGCGGUUAUUCCUGUUUUCAGAUUGAGCUAACGCGUGGCUACAGUUAUGAUUCAUUUCAUGAGGACAUUAGAAAACUAUUUACUAUCGCUGGGGUUCAAGGCGAAAAGACUGUAUUCCUAUUUACUGAUAGUCAAAUUAUCACUGAAGAGUUUUUAGAAGAUAUCAAUAAUAUUUUAAACUCUGGAGAGGUGCCCAAUUUGUACAAUAUGGAAGAGUACGAGAAGGUUAUUGCGGCAAUGCGUCCCAUAUGCAAAGAUGCUGGCAUUAAUGAGGGCGAUCGUGACAGUAUUUAUCAAUAUUUUAUUAACCGAGUGAAGAGUAACCUUCACAUAGUUUUAUGUAUGAGCCCUGUUGGUGAGGCUUUCAGAUCGCGUACUCGUAUGUUCCCAUCACUGGUUAACUGUUGCACAAUUGAUUGGUUUACUGAAUGGCCUGGAGAAGCUCUACUGUCAGUUGCAGCAAGCUUUUUGGGAGGUACCGCUAUCGGAAAUGAUGGAUUAAAGAAAAACUUAGCAACUAUGUGUGUUAACGUUCACUCACAGGUGUCAGAAAUUUCGAAUCGGUACUACGAAGAGCUGCGAAGGCAUUAUUAUACCACACCAACUUCAUACUUGGAGUUGAUUAAUUCAUACUUAUCAAUGCUCGAAAAAAAAAGUAAACAACUAACUAACGCUCGGAAAAGAGUAAAAAAUGGUUUAAGUAAGUUGCUGGAAACGAAUGAGCUGGUAGCUAAAAUGGAAUCUGAGUUAACAGCAUUGGAACCAGAAUUGAAACAAAAAUCCGAGCAUACUGAAAAACUCAUGGAACAGCUGCAAGAAGAUCAGAAAAAAGCUGAUACUGUUCGCAGGGUAGUUUUGGAGGACGAGGCAAUUGCAAAACAAAAAGCUGAACAUACAUCUGCUAUUAAAGAGGACGCUCAAAGGGACUUAGAUGAAGCUUUACCGGCAUUAGAAGCUGCUAAAGAAGCUUUGAAAGCUUUAGACAAAUCAGAUAUUGCUGAAAUAAGAGUUUUUCAAAGUCCUCCUGAAAUGGUCCUAACGGUCAUGGAGGCAGUAUGUGUUUUAUUACAGGUAAAACCUGACUGGAUAUCUGCGAAACAAAUCCUUAAUGAUGCCGGUUUCCUAAAAAGACUAAUAGACUUCGACAAGAAUAAUAUACCAGAAGUUGUUCUCAAGAAAUUAAAGAAAUACGUAGAAAAUCCUAGAUUCAUUCCCGAAGUAGUCGAAAGAACUUCGAAAGCAUGUAAAUCAAUGUGUAUGUGGGUUCGGGCAUGUGAUUUAUAUGCUAAGGUUUAUCGUGAAGUAGAGCCAAAAAGAAUAAGAUUAGCUGCUGCUGAAGCAGAAUUAGAUGAAACUAAUAAAGCUCUGGCUGAAAAGCAGGCUAGAUUGGCGGAAGUUGAGAAUGAGAUUGCAUUUCUGCACGCAAAAUAUGAACAGAGCGUCAAUGAAAAAGAUAAAUUAACUAAAAAUAUCGCACAAACGGCGGCAAGACUUAAAAGAGCAUCAAAAUUGACGUCGGCAUUAGCUGAUGAGCAGAUCAGAUGGAAGGAGAAUAUUAAAAUUUAUAAUAACGAGUUGUCCAAUGUAACUGGUAAUGUUUUCGUUUCAGCUGCAUGCGUAGCUUACUUCGGUGCAUUUGUACAUUCCUACAGGGAAGAACUAAUGCUUAAAUGGAUUGAACAAUGCAAAGAUCUUAAUAUUCCAAUUUCGGAGAAUUAUAGUCUCAUUAAUGUAAUGGCAGAUCCUUUCGAAAUACGUCAAUGGAAUGCCGAUGGACUCCCGCGUGACCUUACUUCGAUUGAAAAUGCAAUUCUCGUUGCGCACACAAAAAGGUGGCCGUUAAUGAUAGAUCCCCAGGAUCAAGCAAGCCGUUGGAUAAAGAAUAAAGAAUUAAAAAAUGGUUUAAAAAUAAUUAAGCAGACUGACUCUAACUUUCUACGUACCCUUGAAAAUUGUAUGAGAAUUGGAAAGCCGGUUUUACUAGAAGAAGUUGAAGAGACAUUAGAUCCGUCACUAGAACCAAUUUUGUUACAGCAAAUAUUUGUACAACAAGGGCGAUCGCUGAUAAGAAUAGGCGAUAGUGACAUUGAAUAUGACAAGAAUUUCAGGUUGUACAUUACAACAAAACUGGCUAACCCACACUAUCUACCUGACGUUUGUAUCAAAGUUACAAUAAUUAAUUUUACCGUAAACAAAUCCGGAUUGGAAGACCAACUGUUAAGUGAUGUUGUACGUUUAGAGAAGCCUGAACUUGAAGAUCAAAGAAAUCAACUUAUUGUUCGAAUAAAUACUGAUAAAAAUCAAUUAAAAGUAAUCGAAGAAAGAAUCUUAAAAUUACUGUUUAACUCUGAAGGCAAUAUACUGGAUGAUGAAGACUUAAUUAAUACCUUAAAUGAGUCAAAAGUAACGUCAAGUGUCAUUUCUACUAGGCUUAAAGAAGCGGAACAAACUGAAGCAAAAAUUUCUGUAGCUCGCGAAAAGUAUCGCAGUGUAGCUACUAGAGGUUCAGUACUUUAUUUUGUUGUUGCAUCAUUGGCAGAAAUUGAUCCAAUGUAUCAAUAUUCACUAAAAUAUUUUAAACAACUUUUUAAUAAAUGUAUCGAAAAAAGCGAGAAAGCUGACGAUUUGGGCCAACGGUUAAAUACUUUAGUUACAAACUGUACUCAAACUAUUUAUGUUAACGUCUCCAGAGGAUUAUUCGAACGUCACAAAGUGGUAGCUUCAUUUAUGGUUUGUUGCGAUAUAUUAAAACAACGAGGAGAAAUUGAUGAUGGUGAAUGGAAUUACUUUUUACGUGGUAAUUCUUCCAUGAAUAGACAACGCGGUAAGAAACCAGAUGUAUCAUGGAUUACACCAGAAACCUGGGCUGCUUGCUGCAACUUGCAAGAAAAUCUACCUGCCUUCAAAAAUUUGUGUUCAGAUAUUACGAAAACUUCAGUAAGCAUCACUCUUGGAAGAACGAAACUAGAUUUAAAUCCUGCUGAAUGGGAAGGAUAUCAUCCUUUACCGUCUAUGCCUGCGACUAGCUCUCUGGGAACCUUUGAGGAUGAUGACAACGAGCAGGAUAAAGUUAGAGGUCAUUGGAAUGUCAGACUAACAAAUUUUCAGAAACUCAUUAUGAUAAAGGAAUUUAAAGAAGAAGAGAUGAUUUUCGCGAUAUUCGAUUUUAUAAUUAUGAAUCUAGGUAAAGAAUUUGUUGAGAGUCCAUCCACGGAUUUAUCGAUACUAUAUCAGGAUAUGAAUCAAUAUACACCUUUAAUUUUUAUACUAUCUACUGGAUCUGAUCCGAUGAGUGGAUUUCAACGAUUUGCGAAAGAUCAAGGAUUUAUGUCAAAGGUACAAUCAAUUUCUUUAGGUCAAGGCCAAGGCCCAAUAGCAGAAAAAAUGAUUUUAAGCGCAAUGAGAAGUGGAAAUUGGGUCUUUCUUCAAAACUGUCAUUUAGCUGAAUCUUGGAUGCCUUCUUUAGAAAAUAUAAUAAAGACAUUUACUCUACCAGAUACUCAUAUCCACGAAGAAUUUCGCUUCUUUCUAAGUUCAAUGCCAACAAAAGCGUUUCCAGUGACUAUCUUACAGAAUAGUAUCAAAGUAACGAACGAACUACCGAAAGGACUACGGUCAAAUUUGCGAAGAUCGUUCGCAGAAAUUGAUCCAGUAUCAUUUAAUGAGCACCUAUUAGGGACAGUAUGGCGCAAACUAGUAUUUGGUCUAUGCUUUUUUCAUGCUGUAAUUUUAGAACGAAAAAAGUUUGGACCGCUUGGAUGGAAUAUUAGGUACCAAUUUAACGAUUCUGAUCGUGAGUGCGCUUUAGAAAAUUUAAAAAUAUUCAUUGAUGAAGGACAUCAGCAGAUUGCGUGGCCAGCCUUAACUUUUAUAAUCGGAGAGAUUACCUACGGUGGUCGAGUCACGGAUAAUUUUGAUCAGAGAUGUCUUAGGACCCUUUUAAAGCGAUUCUUUUCACCACUUAUUUUAGAUGCAAAUCAUACGCUGUCUUCAUCAGGAAUUUAUUACGCUCCGGAAUGUAAAGACUUAACUUUGUAUCGGGAUUAUAUCGAACAGUUACCAUUUACGGACGAACCGGAAGUCUUUGGCAUGCAUAAUAACGCCAAUAUUUCGUAUCAGAUUCAGGAAGGAAAUCACUUAAUUCGGACAGUAUUGGAUGUUCAGCCUCGCAUCAUGACAUCUGCUAGUGGCCAGACAAGCGAUGAAAUUAUUCUAGAACUUGCAGACAAUAUUUUAAAGAAGCUACCUGAUAAAUUAGAUAUUACUCAAGGCGAGAAGUCAUUGUUUGAGCUUGACGACCUUGGAAGAUCAAAUUCAUUGACAGUUGUUCUCUCACAAGAAUUCGACCGAUUUCACAACUUAGUGAACGUAAUAAAGACCUCACUUGACUCUCUUACGAAAGCCAUAAUGGGUGUUGUAGUUAUGUCCGAAGAAUUAGAAAAAGUUUACGGAAGUUUCUUAAAUAAUCAGAUUCCUGAAUUAUGGGCGACUGCUGCAUAUCCAUCCUUAAAACCUUUAGGAUCGUGGAUUAAAGAUUUAAUAUUGAGAAUUCAAUUCAUUAAUACUUGGAUCAGUAAUGGAAAUCCCAAAGCCUUCUGGAUAUCAGGCUUUUUCUUUCCGCAAGGUUUCUUAACAGGGGUUUUGCAAAACUACGCUAGAAAAUAUAAUUAUCCCAUCGACCAGUUAAGCUUUCAUUUUUCGGUUUACCCACAAUACAUCAAUCAGGGCGAGACUUCAAAAACUGAUUUUACUAGUACUUCUCAAGAUACUAUUGAUAUUGAAGUACCUGAGAACGGAGUAUUAAUUCACGGAUUAUUUAUGGACGCAUGUCGCUGGAAUGAUGAUAGCAUGAUGGUAUCAGACUCCUUACCUGGUGAAAUCACUAGUAUUUUACCAGUGUUACAUCUGGAACCUAGAAAAGAAUGUAUCCCUGAUGAUAAUUGUAGUAAAUUUCCACUCUAUAAAACCUCUGCCAGAGCGGGAGUGCUAUCAACAACAGGACAUUCUACUAACUUCGUUGUGAUGGUCAGUUUACCAACAGACUUAGAUGAUGAUCACUGGAUUGCUAGGGGUUCGGCCUUGCUAUGUCAAUUAAACGAUUAG